GGUCGCCCGGUUGGAGAUGCCCUUAGGGAGCGAGGAGUUGCCCGCAGAUGUCGAAUUGGAAGAUCCAGACGGCGCCGGCGAUGCAGGCCCCAUGGUACAGCUCAAGGUUUCACUCAGCUGGUUCUCAAGUCAGAUCUAUAAUUCCCAUUGUACAAUUUGAUGGAGAAUUUGAAGCCGCACCUCCGCUGAUGCCAUCUCCCGAUUCCACCUCCAGCAUUGAGUUUCCAGGUAUAGAUUCGGGCUGGAUCGAACGAGAAGACGCCAUGCGGUCGGAAAUUCCGUCUACAGCCCAAGCCGGAGCGGUGAUUCCGGUAGCUAUGGGAGCAGCGGCGGCGGCGGUGAGCUAUGUCGAGGACCGGGCGGAAGUUCCAGGACAUCGACGGAAGAUGCCGCUAGCUUCCAGCCUCGCAGGUUUGCCGCCACCCCCGGGGUCAUGGGACAACAGGGGAUGUGAUAUUGAACCACAAGAGUUGGAGAAUGACAUUCCAUAUGGUCUAUAUACUGAAACUAACGCAUCACCGCAUACGGGGGAGAAGAGUUCACCAGAAGAGGAAGAACUGAAUACACAAGAGGAUUAUGGUGUUUAUGCCAAUGUGGGAUGUAUGAGCAUAUGGGUAUGAUUUGUUGCCAUGUUAUAAGGGUCCUAUCCUUCUUGGGAAGAACCGAAAUACCAGGUUGUCACAUAAUGCAGAGAUGGACCAGAAAUGCAUGCAUUGUACCAGAAGGAUAGUCAUGCGGUGCAGUCUACAAGUUUCCGCCACACCACGCUCUACGGGAACUGCACUUGAGAUGGUAUAGUUAGGUGACUCGAAUCCAGAGUCAUUCGAAGUUGCUAUGAGCAGUAUGUUAGAUGCAAUGCCCAAGAUCUCAGAGGCAAGCAGGAUAAGUGAUGGUCUGGGGCUGGAACAGAGGAUUCAUGCAUCAGGUAUGGGCGAAAUCAUCGAUGACACAUCUGCUCAUGGUGAUGCUCCAAAACGGAUUAGUCUCAACCCAGACAUGAUUGCUCCAUACAAGAAGGAAGAUUUAGGCCGACCCACCUCAGCAAGAGCCAAGCCUGGAUAUGAGGUGAGUGUGCCAAGGACUCGUUUUUGCUCCUUGUGCUGCAACAGGUAACAUAAUGCUGGGAGAUGGGGAGAUGCCCCUCUGUUGAGAGGAGCUCUAAGAAGCCUAGGCGAGAGGCACGGUGCUCCAACUGUGGAAUUGCUGGUCAUAAGAAAAAUGUUUGUCUAUCAAAGCGGUAUAUGGUGACGAACCAGUGAGAUAACUCGCUGUUUGUUCCUCAGGCUAACACAUUUCGUGUUCACUGAUUUUUUUGGCGCGACCCAAUUAUAACAUUGGUAUUAUUCAUUGGCUGAUUAGACCUACAUUUGUAAUAGGCAGUACAUAUGGCGGGUGUUCUGUCAGUCAUGUAAUGAGUCUAGUUUUUUGUGUGCAUGUAACACUUUACAGAUUUGACAGUGUACCGUGGGGGUGUUCCCUUUUUUUCUGAAUGAAGCAUGGCAUGCUGAUUUGAUAUCGA